UACUGCAAUUCCACUUGCCAACAUGACCACUGGCGCCGCGGCCACAAGCAGAUCUGCAAGAAAAUACACCGCGGCGGCAACGCGGAACAAUACCACGCGAACAAAAAAUACAAGGAGGCCCUCGCCGUCGUGGUCGAGGCGUGCGCCGGGGACGCGAAGGGGCAGACUUGCUACAUCUGUCUCGAGGCCGUCCAUCCGAGCACGGGAGAAGGCCUCGUGCGCGGAUGUGGGUGCCAGGGAGACCAGGGCUUCGCGCAUGUGUCGUGUCUGGUGCGGCAGGAUGAGGUUUCGCUCGAGGACAGCAAGCGCCAAGACCCAAUAGUAGGCCUAGUUGCCAAGCACAAAACCGAGGAAAGCCUGGCCGAGGGCGUUUUGGAUACGCUUGAAGAUCGUUACAAAUCAGGGUUAUCAUGUAAACUGUGCAAGAAACAGCACAACGCCAUCAUACUGCAUGCACUCGGAUGGGGACAUUGGCAAAGGUGCGCAAGUAAGGCAGAGCAGCCUUUGACUGAAGACUAUACUCAAAUUUCAGCGGCGCUUACGUAUCUCGGGGUGUGCUUAGCCGAAUCGGGUCGGAUGACGGAAGCAAUGAAGGUGGGCGAAGCA